AUGGUGUACCGUGGAAAGCCAUCCAAAUCAUGCCGAGAAUGUCGACGGCGGGAUAUCAAAUGCGACAAGAAGAAGGACGGUUGCUCUCAAUGUUCCCGCGCAGGACUGUCCUGUCCUGGCUACCCCAACCCCCAAGAUCUGGUGAUUCUCAACGAGACUGCCGCAACGACUGAGAAAGUAGCGAAGAAACGCUUUCUGCAGGGUCAAUAUUCCCCGAAUCCUCUAUCAACAGGCCUUCUCCCAACUGUUUUCCAACGUGCAAAGCACCUCUACAUCUCCCAAUACGUCCAGGACACACCAGCAGGGGGUCUCUUCUCCUACAUGCAAGUCUUUCAUCCGUCCUCGCAGCAUGAUUUUCCUCUCCUAGAAACCGUCGUCAAUGCCAUGUUUAUGGCCACCUUCUCGUCCCUGCAGGGGUGUCGCUCGACGCUCUACCAUGCCCAGGUGGCUUAUGGAUCGGCCUUAUCUCUGACUCAGAAGGCGAUUGAAUCGCCCAAAGAGGUAGUGUUAGAUAGAACACUGUUUUCUAUAUUGCUGAUGAGCGUUUUUGAACGACUGGCAGUUUCUGAACACGAAGGGUUCAAUCUCCGGAAUGGUCAUCUGCGAGGCGCCUUUGAACUUAUGUCCCUGAGGGGCAGGGGCCAAUUCACAAGCAAAGGCGGUAACGCCAUGCUUCUGCAUCUUACGGAACUUGUGACUCUUGAUUGCCUCGCCAACGAAAUUGAUAUUCCAUCCCGCUUUCUAGCCUUGAGGCGGAAGGCUAUUGACAGUGGCGUGGAUACGUCGUCAAUCAAAUGGAAGUUCUGGGAAGCUAUGCUCCAGUACGCGGAGUUAGAGAGCUUUACAAGAGCGUCUUUUGCUGCGGAGGAAGCGAUUCAUCGUGCGGAAGUACUCGACAGUGCUUUUGAGCAACUAUCGACGCAUCUCCCUUCCUUUAUCUCGAGAAGACAGAACCCUGAACCGCUAUACGCUUUAGAAGGCCGAUCAGAUAUCUAUCCUGAUUGUGUUGCGCGACGAUGCUGGAAUAAUAUCCGUGUGGUUCGCAUUUUGCUGGCCAAGGUCGUACGUGAACAGUGCGUCCGGCUAUUGGGGAAUACAAUCGACGAUGGAUCUGUCAUUGAAAAGCUCUACGAAUCCAACCGACGAGCCAUUUCCCUUUGCUCAGACAUAUACCUCUCUAUCCCAUGCGACGGUGCCCAAGACAAAUCUCUUGACGAUAUCUCAAGCAUACAGUCAUCCACGCUACUGUUUCAACUUUACGUGGCGAAAGAAAUAGGGUGCCCAUCGGGUGAAAUACGACUGUUUAUUGAGAAAGGAUUACAAUAUUUGAAAGGGAGACAGCCUCCUGCGCGACAAAGAACAAUCGAUUGCUUGCUAGAUGGAUCUCAAAAAGUACCUGGUAAUGUUUGGAAAGUGUGGCUAAAGAUUGGAAGAGAGGAUUAUUCGAUCUGA